AUGGAACUUGACGAGUGCGUUGAAACGCUGGUCUUCUUGCAGUCGACGGCGAAGCUGGAGUAUGCGCCUCGGUUUAACGUAAUUGGGUCCCGUCACUACCAUGGAGCGGAUGACAUGUUACUUCGAUUAGCAGGAUUGGUAAGCCCACACGCGUUCGAGCUCGUCUACCAAGAGAAUGAACUUCUCAAGAGCGGAGUCUUGUCCUAUGAGGGUGGUUGGCUACAAGACGGUAUCGUCAGACUGGAAAUCCGAAGAACAGGACGCGAAUACACAGUUAAUGUUUCGGCAGAAACCAACCGUCCCGAGGAGGACGAGUCUGAUGAAGAUAUUUCAUGCUCGCCACUACGAGUCCAGACAGCACACAUACGAUCCGUCGAGCACGCUGUGUUAAAUGGAACAACAAAGUGGAAAACGGCCAUGGACAUUGCCGGGGCGUCGUUGAGGCAAUGA